CAAUUGUUUCUUUCGUACUAGUGAAGGACACAUAUAAGUAGUAAAGAGAUGUGUAUUUAGAUGAAGCCUUGAAUUUUGAUGGUGUAGAGAAUGCCGCUGGGAAAAUACUACUGCGACUACUGCGAUAAGCAAUUUCAAGACACUCCCUUUCACCGGAAACGUCAUCUUCAGGGUCUUCAUCACCAGAAAGCCAAAGCCCUUUGGUACGCCUCCGUACCACCAGAUCCCAAUCAGGUUUCUGUACCGCCAUCUACUACCGGUGUCUGCAAUCGAUUCAUCCGGACGGGUUCAUGCCCGCACGGUGAUUCCUGUAAGUAUUUCCAUCCAAGCCUAAACCAGCAAAACAGGAAUAUGCAAGGUUUUACAGUUGCUAACAACACGGAAACUCAGUUGCCAAACUUCCCGAUGAGUCAGCCCAGUGAGAGAUCCUCAAUGCCAGGGGGCAUGCUGGGAAAUCUACCACCGUCAUUGAGGCCUCCACCCGAAGGAGGAUAUCCACCCCUACCGUUUGUGGAUUGGGGAUAGAUUAUAGCUAUAUAUAAGAUAAGGAUUUUUUGUUGUUUUCAACAAUCUAUAAAGAUUUGACAAUAGUGGAAUAGAUAUCAAUUGCAAUUCAGUCUGAUUGUUGAACAGUAA